GUCUUUUCUCCGGCUCUUCUAGCAAAUCUCCCUCUUGUUCUUGGGAUGCUUUCCCGGACCUGGUGGCCACCAGCUAAUGAUGUCCAGCUAGCAGCAGCAGCAGCUCUUCUGUCUCGAACAAUCUGAAGAAGGGGCCCAAAGCUUUUGGGGUCUGAAGAAGCUGAAGGAGGUCAAGCUUGAUGGAUGCCGGGAUGUCAGGUGGCAAAGUGGAUGGCAGUGGCGGCGGUGUUGCUGUUCUGCGGAGGUCCCAGGCCAGGGAAGGGGUGGCCCAGCGAGAAGAAGAGCAAGAAGAAGAUGGAGAUGAAGACCUCCGAGAUGGAGGAGUCCCUUUCUUUGUGAACCGUGGAGGGCUUCCCAUCAAUGAGGCCACCUGGGAAAGAAUGUGGAAACAUGUGGCCAAGAUCCAUCCUGAAGGAGAAUUAGUAGCUCUGAGGAUCCGGGGAGCCACUGAUCUACCCAAGAACCCCAUACCAAGUGUGCCUUCUCUACAGUCAACCACUCUCAUCCCUGAGCGCCUGGAAGCUAUACAGCGCUAUAUCAGGGAACUUCAAUACAAUCACACUGGGACACAGUUCUUUGAAAUCAAGAAAAGCAGGCCUUUGACUGGGCUGAUGGAUCUGGCCAAAGAAAUGACAAAGGAAGCCCUACCAAUCAAGUGUUUGGAGGCUGUGAUCCUAGGAAUUUACCUCACCAACCACAUGCCAACACUGGACCGCUUCCCCAUCAGUUUCAAAACUUACUUCUCAGGGAACUACUUCCACCAUAUUGUGCUGGGAGUGAACACUGGGGGCCGCUACGGGGCGCUUGGCAUAAGUCGACGCGAGGAUCUCAUGUACAAAGCUCCCACCUUCCGCACACUGAGUGAGCUUAUUUUUGACUAUGAAGAGGCAUAUCGGUGCUGCUGGCAUACCCUCAAAAAGGUGAAGCUUGGCCAAUGUGUGUCCCAUGACCCACACAGUGUGGAACAGAUCGAAUGGAAGCAUUCCGUCUUGGAUGUGGAGAAGCUGAGCCACGAGGACUUCCGCAAGGAGCUUGAGAGACAUUCCCGUGACAUGAGGCUAAAGAUCAGCAAAGCUACUGGACCACCAUCACCCACCAAGGAUAGGAAAAAGGAUGUACCAUCCCCACAACGUAGCCAGUCUAGUCCACAUCGUCGCAAUAGCCGGACAGAAAGGCGACCUUCUGGAGACAAGAAACCUACCGAACCCAAAGCCAUGCCCGACCUUAAUGGUUACCAAAUCAGAGUAUAAAGAUCUUCUCAUUUGUGGACCACUUGUUGGAAAGCAUUUGAACCAACACUACCUAUAAGAUGUGCAGUGUGGGAGGGACUGCAGAGGGUACAAAGUGCAUAUUUUCCAAGGUAUUUAUUUACUCGGGAUGAUAUCCUAUAUAUUAGAGGAUAGCCAUUUCUUUGCAUUAUAUCAGGAACUAAAUACACCAACUAAACAAACAAACAAACAAACAGAUCUUCCACCUGUUAUUCGUUGUUCUACAUAGUGGCAAGAGAAGAUACAUUUGGAAAGUAACAGUAAAAGCCCUUUCGGUGCUGUUUCUCAGCUCACACAGAAGUAGAGAAUGCUUUUGACUUCAAAAAGCCCCAUAGUAAGCUAUAUGUCUCCUCUCUGUUUUUGAAGGAACCAAGUUAGCAGGAGAUCUCAGGAGAUAGACAGGGGCUAGAAGCAAAAAUAAAAAUAAAAAAAUACUGACUCCUAUGGAAGAAUUUCUUAAUUUGUAUUUUCUGAGAAUUUUAAUAUUUUUAAUAACUUGGGGAGUGGGGAAAGCGUACCAUAUUGUUGCAUAUGCUCCAAAAUCAUCAGUGUGAUCCUAGUGUUUUUGUCUCAAAUAAUGGAUUGCCUAGGAUGAAAAUGCACAUCAUGCAACUCCCACUGCAAACUGGCUAACUGGAUCCCCAAGAUACACGUUUUGUAAAUAGAAGAUAGUUUAGGAACUGCCUGUGUUUUGGGGCAUGGAUGUCAGAUGAAUGUUAUAGCUUAAUUGGCUUGUCAUGGCAGUACCUGAUUGUGAUGCAUUCUAGAGAUUAAUUGGAGACCAGGUUUCCAUUUUCCUCACUUUCUGGUGCUAUUCUAGAUUUGACUGUUGUUAAGAGUAAUAGAAGCUUUCGGGUGGCAGCAGAAAGUCCCAACCUGAUAUUCCCCUUAUGUGUGCAAUUGCAGUCUCACCAUCUGGAGGGUGUCUUGUUGAGAGAAAGCUGCUGGGUAAGCACAUCUCCCAUUUCUUGGAAAAGUGUGUCUUACUCAUUUAUAGUAACAUGACCCUUGCUCUUUCUCCCUGACAAGAUGUGAAUUCAUUCUUGCUGUAUGAAAUUGUAUACUGAGGGUUCCUAGAGUGUGUCAAGUAGUAGCAGUGUAUUUAGAUAUUAACAUGGGGAUCAGAUCCUGGGAUACGUCUCUUUCUGUAUUCUCGUUUCUGAUUCUUUCUCCUCCCUUCUUGACUUGUGCAAAGUGGGUAGAAACACAGAGUUUUUCUGUGGAAGCAGUAUUUUAUUGUCUUUUCUUAAGACUAUAUUUUUAGGGUGAAUUUGCAUUAUUUUAGUAGUGCAUCUUUUUCUCUUGGAUGUUUUAUUAAGUAAAUAUGGUCACUAAUAUUAGCAGAAGCCAAACUUAGUUACGAACCUGCUCCAUAGUUCAAUCCGUAUCCUUUUGACACUGAACUGGCAAACUGGAAACAGGUUGGUAGGCUUUAGAGGCACGAAUAGAAAACUCUAUAGUGGGCAUUGUUAAAAAAUGUGUGGACACUCAAAAAGCAGGAAAACCUGGAGAUUUAGUAUUUAAUAAGUUAUGCGAAAAGGAAUGUGAUAGGCCUCUUUAGACGACAGUAAUUUGUGAAUCCUCUAAGGAAUCUGAUCCUAAGUCUUCACUUAACCAUAGUUUAUUAGCUAAGUGUCUCAUACACUGUACAGCUAGUACAUGCAAAUUGUUGAAAGAUGUGAUGAUUUAUAAUGUAAGGAGAGAAACCCAGAGAGAUCUUAAAACACUUGACCAACUCUGUUCUCCAAUUUAGGAUGUAGCUUUCCUAUACGUGCAAGAAAAAUAGAUUUUAUUGUUAUUGUUCCCUACCAUCUUUGUCACACAUAUUUAUUAUCUUUCAGGGUUUUUAAAAACAUGUUUUUGUAGCAGAAUAGACCUGCUAUGAAUUAAACACUUAAGAUUCUGAUGUGCCUUGCAUGUCUCUACCUAUAGAAGCAGAGAGCAUUUCUGGUGAAUUUUAUAUAUAUUGAGUGGGAAAAGCGGGAAAAGGGGAUGAUAUGGGCUCAAGAAUGGGGAAGAGAUCUACAAUACAUUAGGUAGUUUAGAGGCAGUGACAAGGAAGCAUACAUGAAAUAUUCCCACACUGUUUUUUAACUUUUGGGUACAUAUAACAUUUUGAGAUCAUGCCAUGUGUGAUCUCAUAGAAUGACUACCAAUGUAGGAUAUACACAGUGGUGGGAUUCAAAUAAUUUAACAACCGGUUCUCUGCCCUAAUGACCGGCUGGGUAGGCAUGGCUCAGUGGUCAUGUGACCGUGUGGGCAUGGCCAACUCAAUAUCACUCAGAUCGAAGGGCGCUUCACCUUAACUGUUACAAUGUAAUAAGGGUUAAUCAGAGAGGCAGUUUCUGUAAGCAGGGCAAUAAAGAUUAGGCUAGAAACACCACCAGAAAGUUUCCUUCCUGCCUUCCUUACAGAAUUAGCCCUGUAAAGUGUAAGAAAACAAAAUAAGAUUUCUUCCAACAUCCGGUUCUUCGAACUGCUUAGAAAGUUAACAACCGGUUCUCCCGAAUAGGUGCCAAAUGGCUGAAUCCCACCACUGGAUAUACAUAUUUAUAACAUGGCUACAAUAUGGAUACGGCCAAGCAUAAAAUUCCUAUUUACUAGAAAAGAGCCUGGGAUAAUAUUCCCUGUCAUUUCCUCUAGCCCAGCGAUUCUCAACCUGUGGGUUGAGACCCCUUUGGGGGUCGAAUGACGAUUUGCCAGGGGUCGCCUAAGACCAUCGGAAAUAUGGGAAGUAUACUUGCGAGUCGAAGAAUCGCACUCCAAUGGUUGACUCCACAAGCCAGCUGCAGGCUCUUCAAAUCGCUAGCCUAAUCUGGCUUCAGGCGCGAUAAACUUAACAGGGGAGGAGUCUCCACUUUAAUGCCUUUGUCCUCAAGGCAAUCGCAAGCAGUUCAGAUCGCUAGCCAAUAUGGCUUCAGGCGCGAUAAAUUCAAAACGAAAAUAAUUUUACGGUUGGGGGUCGCCACAUCGUGGGGAAUUGUAUUAAAGGGGUCGCCACAUCGUGGGGAAUUGUAUUAAAGGGGUCACAGCACUAUAAAGGUUGAGAACCACUGCUCUAGCCUAAGCAAAUUGUUUUGUUUUACUCUAGACUUUUUUCCUAAUUAAAGGGGAACAUUUUCAGAAAAAUAUUUAACCUAUCAUUACUAUUUAUGAAAUAUCUUAUGGAGUUGUGUGGGUUCCAGUGGCCUUCUUCGAAAUAAGGAUGUUAUAGACCAGGGCUGUCAAAUUCCCAUCCUGUGGACUGGAUGUGUCACAUGCUGGCCACGCCCUCGCCUGGUUUAGUGAAGGGGAAAAAAGUCCUGAUACGUCAUAUAACACCGCCAUGACGAUGUGAGUUUGACACCCUUGUUAUAGACCAUUGACUUAGAGCAGGCCAGCUUCCAUAUAUUUGUUGUAAUUAAGACUAGGUGGAAGUAUCCGAUUAGCCCUACCAUAUAGAUCAGGCCAGGAGGGCUAAAACUACUUUUCUUGAGAUUGGCUAUAAUUACAGAAUCUUACAAGUCUCAUUGUGCUGUACUUCCUCCCGGCCUAUUGUAUUCCUGUGAAUUAAUGAAGUGUCUGCUUCAGCCACUUCUAAAUAUUUUUUGUUGGUUAUGGACUUAAGAUAUGUUUCACUACUGCUUUGGUACCAGAACUUGGAUAUCUCUGUCAAAAUCAUAUUCCUUACUCUCUACAUCUAUCACAUUAAUUCUCAUGGGGACCACUUUAGUGAUCUUAUUAUAUGUGGCAUAAUACUACAGAAUAUAUACAAGUAUUCCUGCCCAGAACAAGCAUGUCACAAAGAUGUAUUUAGAAAAGUGUUGUCUGAAUCCUUUCAUUUUUAUAAAAGUAAGGGAGAAAAUAUAGGAAUUGGACAAUAUUUAUCUUUAAUAUUUUAUUGUGGUUUUUUUUAAACAUCGAGUCUAGUUUUUAGGUAAUAUAUAGUGAGAUUCUAAUGAAAUUGUAUAUUAAUCUAUCAGCAGUUGCCUGUGCAAAAUACUUAAACAUCCUCCUUUUUUAAAAGUCACUCAUCAGGGUUGUAUUCACUUUGUAUUUGGUCACCAUUAUUAUAUAUUUUGCAGCUGUUAAGCCUUCUAAAAAAUAAAUGGCAACAGCAGAGAAAGCCUUGAUAUGGUGGUGAUUGAAAUCAACGUUAAGCUUGAUUUAUUGAAAAAGUUGAGCCAAAUUCCAAGACGAAAUGGGAAGAAAGCAUUGCAUCUUUGACAUUCAACAUUUAGUUGAGGCCUUGUAUGAAAUGAUAGCUGCCAUUAGUUCUCUCUGAAGAAAGGCUCCAUUCUGAAAGCAUUCAAAAUAUUUCAGUUGUAAGUAAUAAUAGGAAGGUGAAAAUAAAUAAAACAUACAACUGAACUUACAUCCUUUGACCAGUCUGUGACUGGAUGUGUCUCUGAGUUGGAUCUGAGAGAGAGGAAUUUAGUUGAGAAAUUUGAGGGAUUCAAAGCAGAACUACAAAUUUUGAUGGAUAACUUAAUUGCAUAUACUCAGUGCAAUGUUUCUCAACCUCUAUCACUUUAAAAUGUGUGGACUUCGUCUCUUAGAAUUCCCAGCCAACAAAUUGGCCUUUGAGUAGUAGGAGGGGGGAAAUUUCAUCAUGGGAGGCUGGCCUCUGUAACGUGAGGCCAAACUUUUAGAACAACUUCUGGUUUGACUUGUAAUGCCUUAUACAAACCCCACAGCAGUAUGGAGGAGAGGUAGUGAGCUCAGAUCAAAGCAAUCCAUGCAUGCAGAAGAGCCUCGAGGUGCUUUAGGCUGAGAAGCCUUGAGUCUCCACUGAUGGACUCCAGUGCCUAUCAGCCACAAUCAGCAUUGCUAGUGGUUGGCAAUUAUUUAUCUUUCUAGUUCUUCUUAGAAUGAAGAAGGUAGGAAGUUAAGAACUGUUAGAAUCUUUUGACAUGAUAAACCUCUACCUAGUAAGUUAGGGUCUGAUGUAACAGGAUGUAAUAUUGACUUCUGCCAGUUUACUGUCCAGAAAAUCUAGGUUCAUCCUGAAAAUCCAGUUUUGAGCAUUACAAAUUUUAAAGAUGAGAAAACGGAACAUUAUUUUCUGAGGAUGCUAUGACAGUGAAAAAUUUAACUGAAUAAUGUUUUCCCUUCUGGUUUGCCUCCCAGCCUCAGUAAUUCUGCGUAUUUGCCUACAGUCUUUGGAGCUUCUGGUGAAAGCCAAAGAAUAGGAAAGGUUUCUUUUAUCUCCUGUCAAAUUCUAAAAGAGCUUGCUGACCUUAUUUGUAUUAACUGCAGAACUGAAGAGGAGGGGGUGGAAGUCAACAUUUCACAGAUAAGUCCACCAAGGAGUCAUUCAGUAUUUGAGCUGAAGUUUAUAAGAUCCAAUUAUUAUUUUCCUCUAGAGAGACACUAGACUGCUUGAACAGAUGUCUCGAGACCCUUUGGGAUGGGUGAGAGUUUAGAAGAUGAAACUUAAUCUGGACAAGGCAAGAUUAGAGGUUGCUGGGGAUGAAGAGUAGUUAGCUGGCCAGCUUGGUUAGAUCAUUAUGUUUAGUGUUAGAUGAGGCUGCUUUUCCAGACAGGUUGAAAUGAGCACUUUGGGAAUUGUAGCUAAGUGAUGAACUUAAGGUGGCUUCUAUGCCUGGGAAUAAUUUGUAUGAGCUGAAAGUGCUAUGCCAGUUGUGAUACUUUCUGAAAGAAAUGAAUCUUAGCUUGACAGUUCAUAUAUUAGUGACACUUAGAAUCAUAGGGCUGGAAGGACUCUUGAAGGUCUUCCAGUCCUUCUGCCCAUGCCAAGAAAACUUAUAUCAUGCUAUACAAAUAGUUGUCCAAUCCUUUCUUGAAAAUUUCAGUGAUGGUGUACCCAUAACUCUGGGAGGCAAGCUGUUUCAUUGGCUAAUUGUUCUUACUGUCCAGAAGUUUCUCUAUAGUCCCAAAUAGGCUCUCUCUUUAGCAAGCUUCCAGCCAUUGCUUUUUGGCCUAUCCUAUGAAGCUUUAGACAAUAAAUUGACCCCCCACCUCUCUGUGGCAGCUCCUCAUGUCAUCCCUAUUUCUUAUUUUGGUUAAACUAGUCAUAUCCUUUACAGUUCCCUUAACAGUUCCUCGUGCAAUUUAUCCUAUAGACCCCUUCUCAUCUUAGUUGCUAUUGUCUGCACUCUUUCUAGGGUCUCAACAUUAUUUUUGUAUCACAAUGACCAGAACUGGAUUAAGUUUUCCAAGUGUGGCCUCACUAGCGCAUAUCAAGCAAUACUUUCACUUCUCAUGAUCUUGAUGUUAAUGCAGCCUAGAACUGCAUUGGCUUUUUUGGCAGCUGCAGCACACGACUGAAACAUACUUAAGUGGUGAUUCACUAGGACACCUAGAUCCCUCUCAUGGUUAAUGAUAUAGAAUAGCUAGGUAUUGUGUAUUCUAUAUUUGUGCAUUGAUAUUUCCUGCCUAGGUGCAGGACCUUAGUUUUCUCACCACUGAACAACAUCUUGUUGGAUAAGGCCCAAUGCUCAAGUCUGUGAAGAUCCUUCUGACAAUUGCUAUCUUCCAGAGUGUUAGCAAUUCGUCCCAGCUUGAUAUCAUCUGCAAAUUAGAUGAGCUCUCUCUCUAUCCCCUCAUCUAGAUCAUUUAUGAAAAUGUUGAAGAGCACUGAACCCAGAUAGAACCCUGAGGUACCGACACAGCAUGCUUCCCUCCAUGUAGAUGUAGUUGUGUUGAGGACUACAUACUGAGGGCAGUUGAUCAGCCAACUGUGAGUUCAUCUGGUGGUAGUACUGUCUAUCCCACAUUGUUCUAUCUUAGAACUAUUCUAAGAAGUAGAUUAUGGUCUACUGUGUCAAAUGCUUUACUGAGGUCUAAGAUUACUAUAUAGCGUUUCCAUGAAACACUAACUUAUUGACUUAUGCUGGCUUCUGGUAAUGGCUUGUUUAUUUCUAGAUGCUCUCAAAUCUACUGCUUGAUUAUCUUUUCCAGGAUUUUCCCAGGCAUUGAUGUCAAGCUGAUUGGUCUGUACUUUUCUGGAUCCAUUCCCACCCCCCUCUUUUGUAGAUUGGAACCACAUCAGCUUCCCCCCCCCUUCUCUGGGUAGUUCCCAUGUACUCCAGGAGCUGUGAAAGAUUCUGCUUUGUAGUUCCAGGAUCACAUCUUCCAGCUCCUUUACAAUCCUGGGAUAUAAACCUUAUAGUCUUUCUUUCUUAUAGUUUUCUUACCAAUUUCAUGCAAAUUUUGACCUGCAUUCCUGUUCUGUCUCCCACAGUGCUGUUUUUGGUAGGUUGGAUCAUUUUUUUCUCAUUGCAUGGCAGAUGCAAAAAAGGAAUUAAGAAGUUCUACUUUCUCCCUGCUGUCACCUUCUUGCCAUCUUCUGUCUCUGGGGCUGCCUAUGUAUAUUGAAAACAUGCAGGUUAUGGCCAUUCAGCUGUCCUGGGAGUUGAAUGGUUAACAGUACAUUUGUCAGUAUGUUUCUGAGACCAGUUUUAGGUCUGAAUAUAACCAUUAAAGCCUUAUAUGGCUUGGCCUCAAAUUACUUGAAAGCCUGCCUCCAUGCAUAUCAACUCAUCACACUCUCAGUACAUCCACAUAGGGCAGGGCCUUUAAAAGAGUGGUCUUGGCCUUUCCAAUGAGUUUCCAUUAGGGAAUCCUCAGGCCUUUUAAUUGCAUAAAUUCAAGAUAGUGCUGAAAAUAAUUUAUUUUGCUGGCUUUCACUUUUGAGGCCUGGUGAUUUAAUCUGUAAUCAGUGGUAUUUUAUUAUGUUUAUGUAGUAGAUGUGUAUCUUGUAUGCCAUCAUGGAAGGGCUUUGUCCUAUUAAAAUAGUGUUAAUGUUUUUAAAUAGUUCAACAGUAGCUGGGGGACUAAAGUUCUGUACUGUUCUAUGUCUUCUGUUGGGGGUUCCUUUUGCCUGACUAAUAACAAAUAUGUCUCACAAAACUGGCAACAGUGAUGGACUAAACAUCUUCAAUUCAUGAUCCAUCAAUGCAAGUAAACAGAACUAAGCUACAACCAAAGUAUCUCGAAUAGGUACGACUAAACAUAUUAAAAUAUGAUCGUGAAGGGGUUUAUAGGUAGUUGCAUUUUGUUACUGCUAGGUGACUUCCCGUAAAGCACUAAGCAGUAAAGAUUAAAAGAUUCUGCGUUGUAGCUGCUUUAUAGUGAUUAGAGUGGUGCUGAACUCCCACAGAAUGCUUUGCCUUUAUAAAUGAGCUUACUAAGGUAAAUGUUGCCUAAUCUUAUCCUGGACAGUACGCAGCAACCUCUAUUCCUCUCCACCACUUUCAGCCUGAAGAUGCAGCUUUAAGACCGGUGCUAGGGUGAAUCAAUUAUUUGACAUAUCCCCCACUAAGGCUUCACCCUAUAAAAUUGUGGGUUUGUCACUGAUACACUCUAUUUAGCUGUGUGAAUUUGUGUGCUUACGGGUAGUCCUCAACUUAACAACCAUUCACUUCAAAAUCACCAAAAAAAUUGACUUAUGACCAAUCCUUACAUGACCGUCAUAGAGCUCCAUGAUCAUGUCAUCAAAAUUCUGGUGCUUGGCAACUGGCAUUGUACGUUAUUUACAUAUGGUUGCAGUUAUCAUAGGAUCAUCAUGUCACCUUCCCAGCCAGCUUCUGAUAAGUGUAGUCAUUGUGGGAAGGCAGAUUUGCUUAAUUAAUGGGUUAUACACUUGAUGACCGUAGCAAAAAAAUGGCAUAAAACCAGGCAUAAUCACUUAAUGACCAGCACAAUUAACAGUGGAAGUACUGGUCCCAAUUAUGGUACUAAGUUGCGGACUAUCUGUGUUUGGAAUCAUCAGUUGUAGAAGUGAUGAAAGCAACUGUACAGUGUUGUGAGAAAAAAUACAAUCCUGAGGUGGGACUGAGACUUGAGAAGAAUUGAAAACUUCUCCCUAAGCCCUGAACGGAAGAGGUCAUGUUUGCUGUAGCAGGGCAGAACUAAAAACAUAUAGAACAAUUUAUGGGAAAUGCUACAGCAGAAUGAUGUUAUUUCUCUUCUCAUAUGCACUGGUAUUUUUAAUUUAUGCAUAAUUGCUGCUAUCCAGACCCAACAUAUAGUAUUUAAAUUAGUUUGCACAAUACUUGUCAGUAUUAGAUCUGUUUUAUGAUCACAUAGCAACAAUAUUUGCUGAAAGCCUUAGCUGAAGUUCUGCACUUCCAAAUCUUGUGACUGGUUGGUUAUAUGUCUCUGUGUUGUGAUAUCCAUUUUCAAUGUUUAUAUACACUGGAUAAUGUACAAAGCAUCAGUGUCUUUAUUCUUCAGCCUCCAAUUAGCCUGGCUGUUACUUUUGUAUCACAAAUCAAUAGAUAUGAUAAAAUCUAAUGUGAUCACCCACUAAUUCUACAUCACUAAUUCUUAAAGCCCUGGUUCCUGCUCUCUUGAAAGCAGUUUUUGCAUACAUGUCGAUAUGUGCAUAUUCUGGGUAAUGGGGGAGCUGCUUUUGAUGAACAAUCCAGCAGUUCUCACAGGCUGGUGAAUACAAAAGAAAUGUACAGUUGUGAUUGUGUGUGCCAUUACUGAUUUCUUAGUAAUAGACUUCUAGUCACUGAAGAGGUCCUAGAACAUAGUUCAUGCCUGCCUUAUGUUAAGGACAGAUUGGCCAUAAAACAAAUCAACAGUUAGCUUUAGGGCUCUGUGCAGAAAUAUACUUUAUCUUAAAAAUGUGUGCAAGGAAUUUUCAGUGCAGUUCUUUUGUCAUAGACUGCUGGACCUAUCCUGUUAAUUGGCCAGAAAGUGAGCUUAGCUGGGUUCCUUAGGGAAAUCUGAAUGAUCUCAGCAACAGAUGUCUUAUCUACAAACCACUCUUGGCACGAUAUGCUAACCACCUGCCUCAAAACAAUUCUGAUUGCUUGUAGUAUAGAUCCUCUAAUUUUGUCAGAUGGUUCCAAGGGAAAUGAGGGCAUUGCUUUUAAGACAAUCAGUAUUUAUCACAUUUUAGCUGUUAUAUUUUGUUUUCAGGUAUGUUGUCAUGACAGCAAAGUACAGUUUUGUUUCUUUAUGGAUGAUCAUGUUUGUGUAUCUUUUGUGAACUACCCCCCACCUCCUGGUUCUGUUUUUUAUACCACUGAUACUGAACCUGUAUAGAUUUAGUUCUUGUUACCCUUCAAUUUUGUAUUCCUUAUCCCAAUUCUUGU